UUUUUUGGAAAGGUAGGCUGGGCUGUGGGAAAUUUUAGAAAAAUCGGGAAAGAUUUAAAGUUGUAGUCUAACGAGUGAAGAAAGGGAUUUUAGUCACAACAACACAUAAAAUGGCUCCUCCACAGAGAAUGCGCGUCGCCAACGAGAAGGCCAGCAAAUAUGUGACAAUGCGUGGCAAUGUACCAAAAUCCUCGAAAGCGAAAGAGGGACAGUACCCCGUUGGACCCUGGCUCUUGGCGCUGUUCAUCUUUGUUGUCUGCGGCUCGGCUAUUUUCCAGAUCAUUCAGUCGAUUCGCGCUGCGUAAACCGUUCCAUGUGACAGACAGUAGCAAUAAAAACAAAUCUGAAGAUA